CAAAAAUCCCAAAAGCUUUCCCUUCUCUCUUCGGUUUCUCCUCUCUGCUUUCAAUCAAUCGGCAGAGCCAUUUGUAUUUACAGGACCGUUGCCCUCCAGCUUCUUCCCCAUUUUUUACCUCCACAGCUCUCUUCCCCCUUUGCCCUUUUCCUCUCACCGUCUCAAUCCGUUUCGAAUUGGGUGUCCUUUUCGAAACGUAUCUUUUCUGUGUUCCAAUCAAUUUCAUUGAUUUCGACUCUUCUGAUGAUGCUGCUUCGUGGCUCGGAGAUACCUGCUUAACUGGUAUAGUAGUUUGUGGAAUGGACUGGCUGUAUAUGUCCACUGUCAACCUUUGUGAAUGAUGUUCCGUAGGUUGAAGGGUGUGACAUCUCUUGGCAUUUUGAAGUGGAAAGGCGAUUCAUCUUUGACAUCAGGGUUGCUUAGGGAUGUGGCUCCUGAGGUUGAAUUAUCUGACUAUGGUAGGGCACCGAGUCCUGGUAGUGAGAGCCCUUCAGGGCUUCUUAAUGGUGAGAGUAUAAAUGUUGAACCAAUUGCUGAUUUGGACCUGUUCUUUGAAAGGCUCUACAGCUACUACUGUGAGAAAGGACUUUGGUGUAUUAUUAUAAAGUGGAUGGUUGAACUUCUGAGCUUGGGCUUCACUAUAUUGUUCUCAGGAUUCUUCUUAUUAAAAGUUGAUUGGAAUGGUCUUCGUAAUGCAAAAUGUGGGAUGGAUGCAUUCGAAUCUGGAAUUAAGCCCUGUGACCUUGCUAAGGAAGCCCUUCAUCAGCACCCAUUAACCCCUCUAACUCUUUCCAAAGCCAUCAUUGUUGGAUAUUUGGGCAUAUUUUCCAUUUAUUUGGUCUUCUGUUUUUUGCGGUUUUUCUCUCAGUUAAGGGAUACUUUGGCAGUCCGUCACUUCUAUCACAACAGUCUCCAUGUCACAGACAAUGAAAUUCAGACCAUGCCAUGGGCAUCAAUUCUUGAAAAGGUUGUUCAGCUACAAAGAUCGCAGCGGCUCUGUGUGGUCAAAGAUCUUUCUGCUCAUGAUGUGGUUAUGCGAUUGAUGCGGAAGGAGAACUACUUGAUUGGAAUGCUUAACAAGGGGGUGCUUGCUUUCCCAAUUUCACAGUGGGUUCCAGGUGCUGGUCCAAUUGUAAAGUUUGGCUCUGAUGGAAAGCAAGGACGAUUAAUACUGACAAAAACCCUCGAGUGGACCUUAAAUUGGUGCAUUCUGCAGAGCAUGUUUGAUCGAAAUUUCUGCGUUACAAGGGACUUUAAAUCUAAUCCAAGAACAUUAAGGAAAAGGCUUAUGGUAGUUGGAUUCGUAAUGCUUCUCCUUUCCCCAUUUCUUGUAAUAUUCAUGCUGGUAUAUCUCUUCCUGAGGCAUGCAGAACAGUUUUAUAACCAUCCAAGCACGGCAUCAUCUCGAAGGUGGUCAAAUUUGUCAAGGUGGAUGUUUAGGGAAUUUAAUGAGGUGGACCAUUUGUUUAAACACCGAGUCACGAGCAGUGUAGUGCAUGCUUCUGAUUAUCUGAAGCAAUUUCCUUGUCCUAUUAUAUCCAUAAUAGCGAAAUUCAUCUCUUUUGUUUCUGGUGGCUUUGCUGCUAUCCUAAUCAUCAUCGCAUUUCUGGAGGAAUCUCUGCUAGAGGGCCAUAUAUUUGGACGCAACUUGUUCUGGUAUGCUGCUGUUUUUGGAACUAUAACAGCUAUUAGCAGGGCUGCCAUUACCGAUGAACUGCUGGUCCUUGAUCCAGAGGGCGCAAUGUCUAUGGUGGUACAAUAUACACAUUAUAUGCCGAAGACAUGGCGUGGCAAAGAGAAUACUGAAAGGGUUCGGGUAGAGUUUGAAACCCUGUUUCAGUAUACUGGAAUGAUGUUACUUGAGGAGAUGGCCUCAAUCUUCCUUACUCCAUAUUUACUUAUAUUUGUUGUUCCGAAGAGGGUGGAUGACAUUUUACAGUUUAUUGAAGACUUCACAGUAGAUGUUGAGGGUGUUGGUCAUGUGUGUAGUUUUAGUGCCUUCGACUUUCAAAGGCACGGUAAUAGCAAUUACGGGUCACCUUACAAUGUACCUCGCUCCCAGAGGAGUUCUCAGGGGAAAAUGGAGAAAUCGUUUUUGAGCUUCAAGAGUAACUAUCCAUCGUGGGACCCAAAUACUGAAGGUGAUCAGUUUCUUAAAAAGCUGAGAACUUUCAGGGAGCAAAAGUUGCAGGGACAAGGAACUCGACAUGCAUAUUCUCCUCUGAGAGGAUUUGGCGACCGGAACAAUCUUUUAUCACGGGAAAGGCCAUAUCAUAGCCCUGGAACUGGCUAUCACUUGGGGUCUCUGUGGUUAAUUGACGCAGAUCAAAAGAAUCACCCAUAUCUCCUUGAUUGGUAUUACACCUCUCGGCCACACCAUUCGGCAAGUUACGCUGGUGAAAUUCCAGAAGAACCAUUUGAAGCUACUGAGCAACAUUCUACUGAUUGGACCCCAACCAACUUUCUACAUAAUCAACUGAGAUUUGAAGAUCUCUGGGCGCAUCGUUAUGAUGACCGUUCACAGUCUAAUAUGGGGGCUUCUACAUCAGCGCCUUUCCACCGAGAGAGUGUACUUCAGCAUCAUGACGCUGGUACUUCCGCAAAUCCAAUGCGGAGUCAUUGGUGGGCUAGAACCGGCCAACACGGAACACAGCCCCAGUCAAGUUUUCUCGAGCCUCCAGAUUUCACCCAACACGGGAAACAGCCCCAGUCAAGCUUUCUCGAUCCUCCAAGCUUCAUGCGCCAGCCUUCAGAUAAUUUUUACGGAAGCUUCGAGGAACACGAACAAGAAGAAGAACCGGAACAAGAACAAGAACAACGGUUGGACUGGAGGAACUACCAAAGCUUGUCCCGAACGACGUACGUGGGUGACCUAGACUUAGAGGCAGGAGAGUGUAAUCUUCAUUUCGGUGACGUGUACAGUAGUGGACCUCCUGAAACUCCGAAAAUAAAUCCAUAGCCACCCCUCAAGCUUGUAGUGAUAUCGAUUACCAUUUGUUGGCCUCUGGUUUUAUCAAGAGGUUCUUGCUUAAGUAGUAAUUUGGGUGGUCUUGUAGCAACUGUGGAAUGUGAUUAAUGUUACCACUCAUUCAAGGAAUCUGUGCAUUCUUUGUUGUAUAUAAAUUCAAUCGAAUCUUGAUUAGACCAA